AUGAGAAUUUGCAUCAUCAUAUUCUGUACUUUAGUAUUUUUGAAUAAUGCACAAUUUGUUGAGACAUUCAGAUAUUAUGAUGGAAGUAUUUGAGUAUCAUCAAUUUUAACUAGACAAAUUAACUGUGAAUUUUGAAAACAUAAAUCCAGGAGAUUAUUAUAAGAAUCAAACAAGUCCAAUUUACCCUAAUUUCACAGUAGAAGUGAUUGAGGAUGGAAAGAAUCAACUUACACUUCGUAUUCUAAACCCUUUAGAUACAUUUGAAAUACCUCAUGAGUUCCCAUUUCCAUAUACUAAAUCUGAUAGUGCUCAUGGUGAAUAUGAUUAUUCAGUGAAUGAAGAUGGAACAUUUUUCUCUGUUUCUAGAUAUGAUGGAGUAUUUCUCAUAAUAAAUAUUAGUCCCCUGUAUUCACUAUCACAAAUGCUACUGUUCUCUCUUUGUUGUACUCUGAAUUACAUACAGAAUUAUUAUCAGAAGAUAUUUUCGGAUUUGGAGAAAGACGUCUAAAUUCAUUUAGAAUUCCUAAGGGAGAAUUCUCAAUUUGGAAUCAUGACUUUUGGGAAUUUGAUACUCAAGUAGGAUUUUCACUUUAUGGUACUCAUCCAGUUGUCUUAUAAAGAUAUAAUUAAUAAUAUCAUAUAGUAUUGCUAAGAUCAAGCAGACCUAUGACUAUGGAAAGAACAGAUGAUGAACUCAUCUACAGAAUUACAGGUGGACAACUUGAAUUCAAAAUAUUUAUAGGUAAGAAGAAUCCAAAAGAAUUGAUCAAAUAAUAUCAUUAAUAUUUAAAUGGUUGGGAAUUACAUCCAUUCUGGUCAUCUGGAUGGCAUCAAAGUAGAUGGGGAUAUUAAAAUACUUCUGUAAUUUAGGAUGUGAUUUAAAAUUAUAAAGAAUCAAAUAUUCCAUUAGAAGUUAUAUGGACUGAUUUAGAUUAUAUGUAAGAUAGAAAAGAUUUUACUUUAAAUGAAGAAGCUUAUCCAAGAGAAGAUAUAUAGAAUAUAACUGAUAGAACUUAACCAGAUGGAGUACAUUGGGUUCCUAUUGUAGAUCCUGGUAUUGCAGUAGAUAGUGAUUGUGGAAGAGAUUUAGUAGAAUCAGGAGCUUAUAUUAAAAGUAAUAGAUAAUCUUAAACACCAUAUCUUGGUAUGGUUUGGCCUGGAGAUGUCUAUUUUACUGAUUUUAAUCAUCCAAAUGCAUAUGAGUUAUGGUAUAAAUGUCAUAAAGAUUGGUUCACAAACUAUUAAAUUGCACCAAGUGGUAUAUGGAUUGAUAUGAAUGAAUUGGCAAAUUUUAGAGAUGGUGAGAAAGUUAAAGGUCCAAAAUUGAAUGAUGAUAUAUUUGAAUUGAAAGAUUUACCUUGGGAUGCAAUGGGAACAAUGACAUUAGAGGGUCAUACAAUUGCUAUUGAUGCAUUACAUGAAGGAUAAGGAGUUUAUUUUAAUGUUUCAUCAAAAUAUAUUCCAGAAUUAGAUUUCCAUAAUUUUAAUGGUUUUCUUGAACAAAUUGAAUAAAGAAAAUUAUUAUAAGAAAUUUAAAAUAAAACUUUAAUCUUUUAAUUGAGUAGAUCAUCAAUUUUUGGAAGUGGUAGAUUUUCAGCUAUUUGGUUUGGAGAUAAUGCAUCUACUUGGGCAUGGUUACGUUCAUCAAUUUAUUAAAUGUUUAAUUUCAAUCUUUUUGGAAUUCCAUUUGUUGGUGAUGACAUUUGUGGAUUUAAUUAGGAUACUACUCCUUAACUUUGUGCAAGAUGGAUUUAAUUAGGUGCUUUUUAUCCAUUUGCAAGAGAUCAUAAUGCCUUAGGAUCAUAAGACUAAGAGCCAUAUCUUUAUGAAAUUACUAAGAUAUCUGCUCAAAAUAGUAUUUAACUAAGAUAUGAGUUUUUAAAAUAUUACUAUUAUUUAUUCAUAUCAUAAAGAGAUUCAACUCUUUAAGCAGGAUCAGGUACUAUUGUAGAUCCAUUAUGGUUUAAAUAUUAAAGUGAUCCUCAAACUUUUAAUAUUGAAACUCAAUUUCAAAUUGGAAAUAUUAUAGUUAAUCCAGUUGUUGAUGAAUAAACUGAUUCGUCUCUUGAUUAUACUGAAUUAUAAUUCUAUGUUCCUUUAGGUGCUAAUUGGGUAUCUUUAGAAAAUGGUUAAAGAAUUCCAAAUGGUUGGAAUACAAUCAAUAGAACUUUUACUGAUAAUGCAUUUUUAGCACUUGAAGCAGGAUCUGUAAUUUAACAUAGUAAUGCAACAGGAGUAAUGAGAUUAAGAGAAAUGUCAUCAGAUAUUGAUUUGAUUGUUGUUUUGAAUGAAGUAUAAUAAUAAUUUUAUCAAUAUUUAGUUUGGUUAAGCCAGUGGAUCAUAUAUGUCUAUUAGAGAUUAUGAUAAUGAAGAGACUAUAUUAUAGAGAUGUUGGAAUGAUGAAUAUACUUGUAUAAGAGAAAUAUCUGUCAAAACAUUUAAGGAUUCUUUAUUAUUUACUAACACUAAGGCUAAAAAUGAUAAUAGUGAAGAAAUUAAUAUAAAGAACAUUAUCAUUUAUAGAAAUCAAUAGAUAUUGAGAGUGGAAAUUAAUGUUUCUUCAUUUACAUAAAGUUGGUAAAUCAAUUUAUGA